AUGUCCACCCUCAUGAUGACUGCGACGUUUCCCGAUCCUACUGAAGACCCUGACCAAGACAUUCCAGCUCUACUAGAGUGUCUCACCACAUGCAUACGGUCUACCCUCAGGCCUACUCCAGUCAUAUCCUACGAUAGGAUAACAGGAGCAAUUACCGCGACCCCACAACAGCAUUCGUUCCUGCCGGACGACAUCGCAGAAGGCAAUUACCAUCUGUUGUUUAAAGUGACGGAUCAGGAUGCGUUGCAAGUAACGGCUGUGGGCUACUCGACUCUGCCCAACAAUCCAGGUCCAAUCAACAACUCGUGGAGUCUGGAGAACUACGGUCCAUACUAUGCGAAUUGCAAACUUCUGAUUGAAUCGGUGAUUGAAUCGACUGUCAUCAAACGCUACGAAGAGCUCGGUGCAGCGAAGCAAUUCCAAGACAACAGUCGAAGGACAUACUAUAGGAUGCUUUCGGAGAGGCAAACGUCCGUUCCAGAUCUACAGGAACUCAUCAUCCAGGUUCACAGAGCACCAGAUGUGUCCGGCUCACAGAGAGCAGACACCGCAUCCCACUACAGUUCGAUGGGUUCAGGAGCUGCAACUGCAACUUCUGGUCAAUACCCCGCCUCAAGUCGCUCCGGACCCGGAACAGGGACGUCCAAUGUGUAUGCUACCUCGAACCCAUCCUCAGGAAACUCCAACAACCGCGCACCGAGAUGUCGCAAUUCUUUCGUCUUCACGCCUAUUGCACCUGACCUAGGGUCAUCCGUGACUGAUUAUCCUGGCGUAUGGGCGGACCCGUCAAGUACAGGCCAUACGAAUGUCGGCAAUUUCGACAUAUAUUGUUAUGGGAGAACCGAGAACGUCGAUCAUGCUGGUGACAAAACAGCUAUAUAUACGCUGCUCGAUCCCCCCACUCUCUGCAGUCCGUCUAAGGCCCCGACCACGAUUUCAUGCCACAGUGAAGCGAAACUUUCAUCUCAUCCCAAUACCAAGCGACACCCUCUCCUGACUUCGAGCUAUCCUGCCAUACACGAUGAGCCAACAAACAGUCAACAACAGUCGGCUAUAGACACCUGA